UAUGACUUUUGCACACACUCUAUUCUCUCUCUUCUCAAUUGGGCUGUUUUUGUAAAUUGAAGAUUACUACCUCUUUAAUUUAAUCUCUCCUCAAAUUUUUUUAUAUUUUUUUUCUAUCUAAUUUUUUAUUUUUCUGAAACAUAUAUCAUUUCUUCAUCCACCAACAAGCAGCAACAACACCACCACCUCUUUUUUUUCUUUCUCUCUUUUCCAUUCCAUUUCUCACUAUCCUCUCUCUUUGUUUUUUCCCUUUCCCCAGGUGUGGAAAAAACGAGAGAAAUUAAACAACAUGGGUGUGGGUUGUUUUCUUGUUUUUUCAGUCAUUCUCAUCCAUUGAUUUUCUCAUAGAUCUGGUUUGUUUCAUUUUCAUCUGAUCAGCUAAACUUAGUGCAUCACUUGCUGUUUUAUUGAGGAAAUCUUUUUGAAUAUUUAACUGUAUUGAGUUGGGAAGCUUAUACAUUUCUCAAUGCAAGGGCAGAGAGGCACAAUUGGUUCCUCGACUGAAACCUUUGAAUUUGAUUGUGGAACUACAUCAAGUACUGCUGCAGUUGAUCAGCACAUUUUCUGGAAUAACAUGCGGACUCCUGCCGACAAUCGAUUACCCGAAUUUAUACUUUCCCCCGGUGAUAUAAACCCAUCUCAAGGGAACUCUGUAAACCAUACAUGGCAGAAUUUGAGCGGAUGGAGCUUAGGUGAGCCAAGUUCCAGCAAUACACAAAAUGAUGUUAACAACAACGAGCUGAAAAGGGAGCUAGGGUUAUCACCUCCGGUAAAUGCUGGCGCUAUAGCUGGUUCAAGACUAGAAGAAAGACACUUUGAACCAACCAACGCAUUUUCACUGGACAAUCUCAAUUCAGGUCCUAUGUAUAUGUGUAACUCCAAUGCUCAUUUGGUGCCACAAAAUCUCAACUUAAAUGCUGCUUUAGUAGAUAAUGGCAGUGAUAAUAGCUAUCGUGUGGAAGUUGAACAUCCUAACAUGACCAAGUCUAGCGGUCCAAUAAAUGAACAUAUGCCACCUCCUAUUAGUUCUGGUUCUUUUUUGCUUCCUUCUGGAAGUAACACCAUUUUUGUCGAGGAUACCGACGGUAGGCCGGGUUGUUCUCUAGACUCUCGCCGUGUAUCUUGUAAAAGAAAGGCGAUUGAACAGAACGCUGGACAAUCUUCGGAUGGUGGAAGUUCUAGCUAUAGUCAGCAUACAGAUGGCAGUGCUUGGAAUGCUCUUCCUACUACUCAAGAUUAUGCAGGGAGCAAUUUUAACAGAUCUGCAUUGGCAGAACAGGUGAAUGCAAGACUUGGCCUGAGUGUCGGGGACGGAUCAUCUGGAAGCAUACCCGAGUCAACUGUUGCAGGAAGCUCAGAAAGCUUCCACCGAAAUUUUCGUUUGAGGAUAAACCCUUCAAGCCAACCAAUUUCUCUUCCUCCCCCCUCAUUCUCAAGUGGGAGUGUGAUCAGAAAUCCUAGUGUUCCUUCGUCUUCUCCAAUAUUGCAAAGGUUUCACCCCAUCGACAAUUCUCUUGACUUGAGGUCGGUACCACCGGUUGAUGCCAUGCUUCCUCAAAGCCAGCCCCUUUUAAUUCAUGUUCCCGCUUUACCAAGGAGCGCACAAUCGGUUAGGUGGAGCGGUGGUUCUAGCUCGGCAAACAACCAUUCCUCAAACUCAGUUAUAUGUGUAGAUAGGGAUAAUCAACCGCAUGAGGGAGCAAGCACAAGAAGUAUGCCUAGAAACAUUUUAGAACACCCGGUUUUCGUACCUGCAACAAAUGUAAGAAAUGUGGCUCGAAAUCCAACUAGACCUUCCGGUAAUGCAAAUUUAAGUAUUCCAGGAAAUGUUGCUUCAUCAUCACGGACUGGACCAAAUCCAGCUAUGAAUCCGUCGUCUGUCUCGGCGUGGGUUUCCCGUCCUAAUCCUCAGCAGUAUCCGCGCAGGUUAUCUGAAUAUGUCCGUCGGUCCUUGUUUUCUCCUGGUUCUGAAGCCGGAAGUUCAAGCAAUAACUAUUCUACCUUGCGCGGUGCGUCUACUUCUUCUGAAUCAAGAGGACCGCCAUCUGGGGUGAACCCAGGAUCAUCUUCAUGGUUGGAGAGGUCAGCUGAUAGUGAAUUUGGAAUUCCCUAUUCGUUAAGAUCUUUGGCUGUUGCUGGUGAAGGAAGUAGUAGACUUGUAUCCGAGCUCCGCAAUGUGUUGGGCCUCAUGCGUAGGGGUGGGAACCUGCGGUUUGAGGAUGUUAUGAUUCUUGACCAUUCAAUGUUUUCUACCAUUGCUGAUAUGCAUGAUCGACACAGGGAUAUGCGGCUUGAUGUUGAUAACAUGUCUUACGAGGAGUUAUUGGCUCUCGAAGAACGCAUCGGAAAUGUGAGUACAGGAUUGAAUGAAGAGACCAUUAUGAAACAUUUGAAACAGAAGAAAUAUUCAGCUGAAUCAGAUUUUCAGAAUGAAGCAGAACCCUGCUGUGUUUGUCAGGAGGAGUAUAAAAACAACGAUGAUAUCGGAUUGUUGGAUUGCGGACACGAUUACCAUACCGACUGUAUUAAACAGUGGCUAAUGCAUAAGAAUCUCUGUCCAAUUUGUAAGACAACAGGCUUGGCAACAUGAUGAAAUUUGUCUUAAAUAAUUCUAUUUUCUAUCUUAUAAGAUGAACAUAGAGGUCAAGAAAACUGGCACAAUUAGUCAGGAAAUUCUGCUUAAUUGAAGUUGAAAGUUUCUGGUGCCUUUGUUACUUAUUAUUAAAUGGCCCUUAAGAAUUAGCCAAAAAAUUAUUUUUUAUCAUUUUUUUUUGUUUAUUUGUGGAAACCAAUUAUCUCCAAGUUAAGAUGACACACAUGAGAUGAUUGGUGUUGGAUACAGGAAUAUUUCUUAACUUUUGUUUUACAUUUGGGAAUUUUUUUUUACAUUGCUCAUUA